AGUGAUGGGCUGACCGUUGACAGCUCUCUUGCACAGUAAGAUUGUGUAACCUUUUGGUUAUCUAAUAAAUAAUGGCGAGGCUCUGAACCCAGUGACUCUUUGCUCCGCUGUACAUUUGUGUCGUCCCCUCUAGCGCUGCUGGAGAAAGAUCCUUGCAGCCCGGCUGUGUGAGAUGGACGGUGGAGAGGAGUUGCGAGUGGAAGCUGCCCCGUACUGCUGCUCCAGCUGUGACGGAGGGGAGGUGAAUGCACGCAGCAUGGCGCGGCGCAGCCACAAGAGGAAGACCCGCAGCCUGAGCACGUCCUCCGCCGGCAGCUCCACUGAACACAGCAGGAGGAAUCAGUCCCUUCAUGGACCCAGCCCUGUGACCACAUUCGGCCCCAAGGCAUGCAUGCUCCAGAAUCCUCACACAGUAAUGCACAUUCAGGACCCCGCCAGCCAGAAACUGACGUGGAACAAGCCACCAAAAAGUGUCCUUGUCAUCAAGAAGAUAAGAGAUGCCAGUCUGCUUCAGCCUUUCAAGGAGCUCUGCAUAUUCCUCACCGAGGUGAAGGACAUGAUUGUAUAUGUGGAAAAGAAAGUUCUGGAAGAUCCUGCCAUAUCAGACGAUGAAAACUUUGGGGCCAUUACUGAGAAAUUCUGCACUUUCAGAGACGAUCUUGAUGACAUCUCCAAUCGCGUAGACUUCAUAAUCUGUCUCGGUGGAGACGGAACUUUGCUGUAUGCAUCUUCGCUUUUUCAGGAAAGCGUUCCACCAGUUAUGGCCUUCCACCUGGGCUCCCUGGGUUUCCUGACACCUUUUAAAUUUGACACCUACCAGUCUCAGGUGGACCAGGUUAUCGAAGGUAACGCUGCCAUCGUCCUACGAAGUCGCUUGAAAGUCCGGGUGCUUAAAGAGAACUGGGAGAAGAAGGCCAGAUUGGACGAGAAGGGCAUCAUCCUGACCAAUGGGGACACGGAAAGCAGACGGAAAAGCGUGCAGUAUCAGGUGCUGAACGAGGUGGUGGUGGACAGAGGCCCCUCCUCGUACCUUUCCAAUGUGGACCUGUUCCUUGACGGACACCUCAUCACCACAGUGCAGGGGGACGGAGUGAUAGUGUCCACCCCCACAGGAAGUACAGCGUACGCCGUGGCAGCCGGAGCCUCCAUGAUCCAUCCCAACGUCCCGGCCAUCAUGAUCACCCCCAUCUGCCCCCACUCCCUCUCCUUCAGACCCAUCGUGGUGCCGGCCGGGGUGGAGCUCAAGAUAAUGCUGUCUCGCGAUGCCAGAAACACAGCCUGGGUGUCAUUUGAUGGAAGGAAGAGACAGGAGAUCUGUCACGGAGACAGUAUUACCAUCACCACUUCCUGCUUCCCUGUUCCCUCCAUCUGUUUCCGGGACCCGGUCAAUGAUUGGUUCGAGAGCCUGGCCCAGUGUUUGCACUGGAACGUGAGGAAGAAGCAGAACCAACUCAGCUCGGAGGAUGAAGAGUUCUGAGGCACGAGGCGUCCUUGAGGUCUUCCUCAGUGUCAAGGGGCCCGACCUGGCUCCGUGCCGUUUCCUUUUCUUUUGUUUAUGGAUUGAAGGUCUCGCCAAACUCCAUUCAAGAAGUCUAUCAAAAUAAUGUUGCUCUUAAUAGCGUAGACGUUGCUCCAUAGUCAUAUUCCAAGCAUGGGGUCUUAGAGUAUUUGUAUGCAGGAAUUGAGCAAGUCUUAUGCUGAGGCGGAAUCAUGUUCAGUCUUUUUACUCUUAGCUAUUCAAUUCUCAUUGCAGCAUAUUGACAUUAUCAAAGUUUCCAUGUUCUAUCCACGCCCACCCGUAUUUGGAAAAUGUAGGAUGUGCAUAGACAAAAAAAUCCAGUCUAUUGAGUACUUUACAAUUAUAUAUUAGGUCAUUUUCUGAUAUGUAAGCAUAUUAAACUUUUUAAUGGAGUUUGGCCCCCUGUCUGUCAAGGAUUGUUCCAAUGUGUUUCCAUCUGUCUGCAAACGAGCCUUUUCCAAAUCAAAAAGCAGUUUGUAUAUCUUAGGUCAUGUAGAUUUUUUUAUUAUUAUCAGAUGUAAAAGCAACUUUGGGAUGAACUUGGACUCAAAGUCUGAAGGUCAGUUGUUGAAGUUAUUGCAAUACCAUUGUUGGUCUGUUUUAGCACUUUUCAGUCUUUAAGAAGGACGGCAGGGACUCCUAUUACUUUAUAAACAAAGAAGCUAAUGCUCUCAGUAGAAGGAUCAGUUACAACUCUCAUGAAGAAAGAAAUGUUGAAUCAAACUUUCCCAGUAUCUGUUCAUCAAGUCAGGAUGUGAUGUCAUGGAUGAAUGACAAACGUUGUCUUACACUAUAUUUGGUGCAUCCUGGGAAACAGAUUGACGUACAUAAUGGGCAAAACUGGCCCGGGUGUACAGACUGUGCCUUAAACACUGGUAUCAUUAAUGUACAGAUAUAGUGUAAUUUUUCAAGGUUCACAUCAGGGUGGUGAUGUAAUCACACACAUGCACAGAUGUGUGAUCUGUGCAUUUCCAUUGUAACUACAGGUUGUCUUUGCUGUCUGCAGCGCAUUGACAGUUCUAAAGUGUGUGUCACAAAGUCCCACAGUCAUGGAGUCAAUGCGCUGACGUGGAGAAAUGCGAGAGAAGAGACCACAGCUCCCCUGUCUUCAGUGUCUUUCUAACGCCUGGUUUUUCAAAUGACGUCGAAGCCAUAGCUGAACUCUGUAGGUUUUAUAGACUGUGGGCUCUGGGGGGUUUUAAUGGUCUGUGUGUGUUGAGGAACUAACAUUCUCAGAUUCUGCCGCUGCGCAGUCUUUAAGGUGGCUCGCCCUACAUAUCUGAUCCCAUCAAAUGUCUAAGUGUUAAUAUAUACAGAUAUGAAUUGGCUCAACAGUGUUGUCAUCUUUUGAAUGAACUCAAGGGACCAACCAGCUCUAAAAGGCAAUCAUUCCUAACUGUGUAAAUAUGCGACGCUUGAAUAAAAUGUAUUUUGUAAAGUCUAUGUUUAUUAACCAGUUUACAAUGUAUCAUUGCUGAAAAUAAAUCUAUUUGGUACUUUUUUUACAUUAA